AUGAUUUCAAGGGUUAUCACCAAGAGAAUAACUUCAGUCAAACUUUGUCGCACAUUUCUGAGAAGUAUGUCAACGCAAAAGGGUAAGCCAGAGUUAGCAAAGCUAUUGAAGGCUCGUAAAGCUGAGUCUGAUGAGUGCAAAUGGAUUGGCUUGGAGAAGCUGACAUAUGUGGACCCAAAUGGUAGUGAAAGAGAAUGGGAUAGUGCUGUGCGUUUAACAAGAGGCAAGGGAGAGGUUGACGGUAUUGGUAUUCUAGCAAUUCUUAAAUACAAGGACGGAAAGCCUGAUGAAAUCCUGUUGCAGAAACAAUUCAGACCUCCUGUUGGAGGAGUGUGUAUCGAAAUGCCUGCUGGAUUGAUCGAUGAAGGUGAAAGUAUUGAAACGGCUGCUCUUAGAGAAUUGAAGGAAGAGACGGGUUACGUGGGUAAGAUUGUCGCUAAAGGCCCAGUUGCAUUCAACGAUCCGGGCUUCACGAACACAAACUUGUCGCUGGUAACCAUUGAAGUUGACAUGACUACCAGCGAAAACCGGAACCCUCAAACAAAUUUAGAAGAUGGUGAAUUUAUAGAAUGCUUUAAAGUGCCCUUGAAGAAUUUCGCCGAUGAAAUGGCUGCUCUUGAUAAGCAGGGCUACAAGCUAGAUGCCAGGGUGCAAAACGUCGCUCAAGGAAUACAACUGGCUCAAAUCUAUAAAAUAUUAGACUAA